AUGGCGGAGCACAUGUGGAAUUGCUUCUUGGUCCAUCACGUGUCACGCUUCCUGGAUAGAGACACCAGAGAGGCGUGGGAAACCUCGCUUGGAUCAUCUCAAGAGUAUCCGCGCUUUGCGAAGUUUGAAACCUUCCUCAAUGCCAGGGCUAGAGCAUUGGAGAGAGUGGAGGCUGCACCACCUUCCUCGGGCAACUCAUCGAAGGUCACACCCAGCUCAUCUAAAUCUGCUAACAAAAGGGCGACUGCUCAUCAAGUAUCUGCUCCCUCACAUGCUCAGUCAUUCUCUGCUGCGGCUCACCCGUGCGACAUGUGCAAUGGACAGCACUUCAUUGUAACGUGCUCAAAGUUCAGGGAUCUCACGCCGGCACAACGGAAGACCACCGCAAUCGACAAGAGGCUGUGCUUCAAUUGUCUGGGGCGCCACAAUGCUCGCGCAUGCAGAUCCGCGCUGAGCUGCAAGACAUGCUCAGCCAAACAUCAUACGAUGCUGCAUGUGGAACAGUCUGCUGCUGCAUUGACUCCUGCUCAACCUGCCUCAUUACCAGCUCACUAG